CCAUCGGCCAUCAUAUAUAUAUCUUGAAUUAAGGGACUAUUAUCCGGUCUUGAUAUCAUUCUGAAGUUGAGAAUUUAUAAUCAUGCCCCGCCCCGUCAUCACCCGCCAAGGAACUAGGUUCUACCGGUCUCUGAGAAAGGCAUUUUCAUCUGUGGGAACUGACAAAACCCCUAUUAAGCAUGUUAUUAUCACCGGAGCUUCGGGUGGAAUUGGCAGAGCCAUAGCAUCACGUUUUGCAUCAGAGGGCGCAAAAUGCACUCUGAUUGGGCGAACGGAGUCAAAGCUUCAAGCAUCCCUCAGGGAGCUAUCAACUCUGAGAGACCACCGGAUUGUGGUUGGAGAUGUGGGAAAAGAGGCAUUUUGGAAAGAUCUCGCAAAGAAAAUGAAGGAGGAUAAGGACCAUUGCGAUGUUCUGGUUAAUGCAGCGGGAAUAACGCACUAUUCGCUGUUGGUCCGGACGCCGGCGGCGACAGUGGAUGAGGUUAUUGAUACGAAUCUGAGAGGCACCAUUUUGGGAUGCCAGCAUAUGAUCAAGGACAUGAUGAGGAAGAAGACAGGCUGUAUUAUCAACAUCGCAUCUCUACUCGGAGUCAAGGGUGGCAGAGGAAGCUCUGUUUAUGCUGCUUCAAAGGCAGGGGUUUUAGGAUUCACAAGAGCUCUAGCCGCAGAAGCAGGGCCAUCAGGCGUCCGCGUAAACGCCGUUGUGCCCGGCUACAUAGAAACCGAGAUGACAUCAGGCAUGGAGCCUGCCCUUUUUGAGUCCACUAAGAACGCCAUACCCCUGCAACGUUUCGGUACCGCCGAAGAGGUUGCUGAUGCCGCUUUCUUCCUAGCCGCUAACCAGUAUGCCAAUAACUGCACCCUCAACCUUGAUGGAGGUCUGAGUGCGGUAUGAAUAAGCCAGGCUCGCCAUGUGCUGGGAGAUGCUGGAACACGUCUCAAUAAUCACCAAUAUUGACGUGUGGUUCAGUCAUCAUCAAUGAUGAUGGCGCCGUCGUCCGCGCUGUCUAAAACGAUAAUAUCAUCCUCUGCCUCCUUGAGCUUCCCACGCUUGGCUUCAGGGCCGGCUUCUCCAAGCUCAUCUGCCCCUCUCUUCGUCCCUGCCACCGGACCAGGAGAGGCUUUAGGCGCCUCACCGUUGGUGAUGGCCUCUUUAUUCCCGACAUCACCAUUCGUGGCUUCAGUUGGGGGUGGAACCACCCGUGGCCGUCUGGGUAUGGAAAUCGGCUGCUCGCUAUCGACGGCUGUGGGGAGUGCGCUAAUUGGCUUUGCGUCAGUCGGCGUUGCAGUCCCCUGAACGCUGAGAACAAGGUUGACUCUCGGGUCCUCUUCAUCCUCGUCAAUGACUGUGAGGAAGCUGUCCUCCUUGAUUCCGAGCUCGCUCAGUUUCUUCUCGAGGUUUUCAGUCUCAUCCACAUCGUACAGCAAGCCUGCUUCAUUGCUGACCACGAACUCUUCGCCAUAUCCGAGCUGGACGCGCAAGAAGUCCUCUACCAGAUCAUUCAGCGUAGCCCUUGAUAAGUCUACUAGGAGCCUGGUUUGCGCAACACUACAAACGGGACAGUCUGGAUUUGGUUUCCGGGUCUUCUCAUAGGCCAUGAGGCGCUCGGAUGCGAAAGGUGAUAGGAAGAUUUCUUUUGUGCUCGAGUAAUCGCCACGGAGGACUUUGAAGGAUUGCAAUACGCAGAGACCUGCGACAAUUGCAUUUGUUGUGGCAAUAGCCGGAAUAAUGUUGCCCG